GAUAAGCUUGGUCAUUUUGAGAACAGAUUUGUAUUUUGUUGAACGCUGCAGCCAUGCUUCUGCCUGAGAUCCCUGCUGCAAAAUCCAAGCGUUUCAAACCUCAGAUACAUGGAAAAAAUUCUAGACAACACGGUAAUGUCAUUCAGAGCUAAAACUAAUUCUGUUUGGUAACUUACAAAGAUGUCUCAGCAGCUGCUUGCCCACUUCUGGUUCAUCCUUCUCCUCGAGGUAUUCACCCCUGGGGAAAAGCUGAGUUUGUAUGGCUUUGUAAGAGAUAUGUUCAAAAUGGUUUAAAAACCCCAGGCUUCAAUAGUAAGAUGAGAGAUCUAAAUCAUUCCUUCUCGCCAAUGUCAGUGAUUCGGCAUCUUAAAAUGGUUUGUGAUGCACACUCUUUAUUUAGUCUAAGGGGGAAAUAAGCCUACAACUUUCUUAUCUGUAAAGAGCAAUUUCUAAGUAAGAGUUUUAAUGGGAGAUGUUUUGGUGUUGUGUGGUGUUAAUAUAAACUGGAGGGAGGAGGGCUGCUGAGCACAAGUCAGCACAAUACACGCAGGGCUUUCCACAGACAGGGGAAGUGCUGCUGCUGGAGGGUGUUCAGAGAUCAAGUGGCUCAAUGCUUUCUCCUGAUGGCAGCAGAUGGGUUGGUUUGGGCUUUUGGAAGUGAAUAAAUCUUCCUAUGUGGCCACUUAAUCAUUGUGUCAGCUCCCUCCCCAAGUCCUCUCCUCUGUUCCCCGAUCUCAUUUGCACAAAAGAGAGAAUGGGCUCUGGCCUCUUAGCUCCUGUAUUAUGCCACAAUCAAACCUUUUAAAGACUAUUUCUGUGUUGUUUUCCAUUCAAGAUGGGGUCAGAGCAUAGGUAUUCAGCAGGUUUUUUCUUAGAUGUAAGACAAUAGUUUCACAGAGCUUUGAGGAUCACUGGCACUGAUGUUAAUACAAGAUCUAGGUUUAAUGCAUUUUUAAAUGUUUUUAGAACUGUUGGAGUGAACCGUGCAGAGCACCAACUUGAGCCAGACUUUAGCCUAAAGUUGUGCAAGAAGUCGCACCGCAGGUACGUGUGGGGAAGAACAGGGGAUCUUAGAACAGUGUAAGACUGAAAUUCUGUCUUUUGAUAAUAAAAGUAAAAAUGUAAAAUAUCUAGUGAAUGAAAAGUAAAGCGGUUGCGUGGAAGUCCAAAUAAGAUUCAGGGGGUCCAGUGUUAGGCACUUGAGGGCUCAAACUCUGAUUUCAGGGUAUCUCCUCUAGCAAAUACAUUUUCCUCUUAAGCAAAAGCCCUAAUCGCAGAAAUGUGACGGACAAACUCUGCUUCUCUUCCCUUGUGCAUCUGUAGGCAAUGUGAGAACACGCUGCUAACCACAAGGUAACAGAUGGCCGGAGAGUCGUGGUGACCGUGGGCGCUGUCGCUCUGAGGGGGAACAAUGCCCUGCGGAUCUUCGCCUGUGCCACCCAGCAGCGCCGAGGGCCAUUGUCCCCGGCCUGCUGCAAAAUCCCGAUUCCACGCUUAAGAGCUGCAGAAAAGAGCCCGGCUCUCUCAGACCUGCAAAAGAGCAGCUCCCCGUGUCGUUCAUUGAAAAUAUGGAAAGGGCAAUGCAUAUAGAAAUCUAAUUAUUGGCAGGCACAGCCCGGCUUUUAGCAUGAUAAUUGCAGGCCCUUGUGCUUUCUUGUGCGCGGACCCCUGAAAGGUACUCGGGAAAGCAGAAGUUAGAACUAUUGAAUUUCCAUCAAUCAUUCCAUGUUUGCUUUGAUUACGCUGACACGAUUUUUGUUGGUUCCUAAACUGCGAUGAGAAACUGUUAUUCAUCACGCUUAAAUCUUUUAAAGACCAAGGGGGGGCCGCCGGGCCCAUGCGAUGUAGGCAGCGCGGUUUGAGCUGGGAGCCCCGUUCCCGUGCGGUGGAGCAGGUCCAUCUGCGUUGCACCGAGGGCUCCCUGGAAUGGAUGUACCCAGCGCGAGCCCUGCGUGUCGUUCUGGAGCCCAACCUCUCCAGCGCCCGGCACACCACUGUCUGCAUCAAGCCUGCCAGUGACUUCCAGGGUGCCAGCAUCUACGUGGAACGUGCUGGGCAGCUGCACCUGGUGGUAAGCGAGGCAGAAGGGGCUCGACCCCACCACGUGUCUUGCUUCAGCGCCCACACGCCGCAACGAGUGGCCCUCUUCCUGCAGGCCAGCCCGCAGAGGGACAUCAGCCGCCGGGCGGCCAGCUUCCAGUAUGAGCUGCUGACCAACCAGGGUGCUGCUGGCCCCGAAUUCAAAAAGAUGGCACUGGUCGAAGCUAUGUGCCGUCCUUGUGACAACAUGGAACUUCUUAUGGCCAUUUGCAGCAGUGAUUUUGUGGUGAAAGGAUCUAUCCGAAAUGUUUCCCACGAUUCAGAGAACCACAUGUCACAGGUUGAUGUCAGCGUCCAGAAAGUCUACAGGCAGAAAAACAGAAUUUUCCAGCAGGACGAAGCAAGUGGUGAAUGGCGAGGCCCUAUACGAACCCUGCUGCAAUGCAAGGUGAAGAAGGGAGGUGGAGAUUUCCUUUUCACUGGAAAUGAACAUUUUGGCGAAGCUUGGUUGGGCUGUGCUCCUCGGUUUAAAGAUUUCAUGUCCAUUUACCGGGCUGCCAGAGAAAGAGGAGCCAACCCAUGUGAGUUUCAGCUCGACUGACAGGAGUGACACUGGAGUUGAGAGUUGAAAAACUUCAGCACAGUUUUUGGAUACAGAGUCUGAAGUAGGGUUAAAACCAAGGACUAAAGCUAACAAUUUCACCAAAACUGGAGCCUGGAGAAUUUCCUGAAGAUAAUGGCUCUGUGAGCCCUGAAAACUCUGACUUUUAAUCCACAUUUGCAUUAGCUGCAUUAAUUUCUCCUUCACAUCUUCUUUGCCUCACAAAAUAACUCUGAAUUUUGAAAGGGUUGUCUUUUUUGUGGUUAGAAAGCAGCUUGUGGUCAGUAUUACAAAAUUCUCUCUAAUGUCUUUUGCUCCAUGUACCUACUAUGUGCUUCUUGUCUAGGUUUUUUUCUCUCUUCCCCCAUCUCUACUUGAUUUCCCUUCCAAAUGGCUCCUUUGGUUUUUGUUUGGUUGGUUUUGGGGUUUUUUAAAUGAAUGCUAACUAUAGUCUUAGCCAUAGUUACUAAACUUUCAGGCAAUUGACAGGUUUGCCAGGUUUUUUGCCUUCUGCAUGUUAGCAGAGAGAUUAACUAACCCUCUGGGGCAAAAUCACAGCUGAUACAAUUCUGCAGCACUCUGUUGAUUUCUGCACAGUUGACGGCCUCUGAUUUUGUGCCCGUGCAAACAGGCCAAUGAGGGAUAUACUGCACUUUAGCUAAUAUGAACACUAACGCUGUAUCACUACCAGAUGAGAAAAGGUGUUUGGGAAAUGCAUUGAAAUGAUCAAAAGUUCUAGUUGUAGCAUUGUCUGUGUGAGAGUGUAAUAUUUGGUAUUUGUAGUACUGGGCCCACAACUAGCUUUAGUUAUUGUUUAGUACACAACAGGAAAGACCGAAGUGAACUGGCCGUUGUAAAGUAUUGGAGAAUGUACAGGGAUAUCUGAGUACUUGGGUUUUGAGAGCUGGAGAUCAAUGCUGUAUUUGAGAUUUUAAAUGGAAUACUCGUCUUUGGUUGUUAUUUGCACUGUAACUAUGAGAUAAAAUAUGUUCUGUUAGUAUA